AUGUCCACCACCAAACAACCCAUCGCCCAUACCCUUCUCGCCCGCGCCCAUUCCCCCUCAACAGCGCAAACCCUCUACACGACAAAACUCCAGUCGCGUCCCCUCUACCUCAAACCCUCCUCUCCUCCCCCGCAGACCGCGCAACAGGCUCGUCGUCUUGCGCGCACCUCCAAGUCCAAGUCGAAACGAAAGCCCAAACCGCUCACCUCCCGCGAAAAACAUGCUCUCCAAAAAGCUCACCCCAUAAAUCCGACGUACGCGCUCUACCUCCCUCUGCACAAGAUGUGGCAGGCGUACAUGCGUGAAGUUCUCGACGUCCCGAGGAGUCUACCGAUCAGCAGUGCGACGGCGGCGAAAUUGUGCUCAGCGGAUUAUCAUGGGGCGAUGUUGGAGGUGGUACGGAGUAAGUGUGUGGGGAGGGUUGGGCUGAAGGGGAUUGUGGUGCGGGAGGGGAGGGGAGUGUGGGAUUUGGUUACGGAGAAGGAUAGGUUGGUGAGGGUACCGAAGGAGGGGGGAGUUGUGAGAUUUGUUGUGCCGAUUGAGGAGGGGGAGGAAGUAAAGGCAGGGGAGAAGGGGGAGGGGGGAAAGAGUGAGGAAGAGGAAAGAAUAGAGGAGGGAAAAGAAGAAAAGAAGAAGGAUCUGGUAUUCGAACUCCACGGCGAUCAAUUCAUCUACCGCGCCGCCGAUCGGGCGAACAAGAAGUUCAAACCUCGUUUCCUACCAGAUCUCUGA